GCGUGUUCCUUCAUGACCAUCAUCUGAGAUUGCUCGCGCUCUUUUCCCUGCCGUGCCAUAAAUCAUGCCUGCUUCGGACAACGGUCUCUCCUUGUCUUCUGACUUGGUCUACGACUCGGCCCUCAUCUUCUGGCGCACUGUCGUUAAUGUCUUCUUCAGAGAGGUUCGGCCAAGAGGCGCUUUCAACAUUCCACGAGAUGGACCCGUUAUUCUCGUCGCUGCUCCGCAUCACAAUCAGUUCCUUGACCCUCUACUUUUGAUGCUGCAAGUCCAUAAGGAAACACGCAGGAAAGUCCAGUUCCUCAUCGCUGCCAAAAGUAUGAAACGCAAAGCAAUUGGCUUUUUUGCCGGUCUCAUGUCAAGCAUCCCUGUUGCUCGUGCCGCGGACGAUGCGAAGCCUGGCACUGGCAAAGUUUACCUUUCCCCAGACGACCCAUGUCUUGUCCUUGGGGAUGGCACGAAAUUCACCUCCGAGUUUACCCCCAAAAUGCAAAUCAUGCUCUCGAAAGCCGUCGGCUCCCCGGUAGCGGAAGUGACGGAGGUUAUUUCGGACACGGAGAUGCGCAUUAAGAAAGAGUUUGGUGGUGACAGUGGCAAGAAGACGACAAAGAUUAGGGAGAAGUUGGCCGAGCUGAAAGAGCAGGAGGGCGCGACCGGUCUGGACUUCAAGCGUCUACCCUUCGUGGACCAGAAGGAGAUGUACCAGUACGUUUACCAUGCUCUCACCACCAACGGUUGUAUUGGCAUAUUCCCCGAGGGUGGUAGUCAUGACCGAACAGACCUCCUCCCCUUGAAGGCCGGCGUGUCUCUCAUGGCCCUUGGAGCUAUGGCUAAUGACCCAAAUGUCAAGGUUAAGAUUGUCCCGGUCGGUCUUUCAUACUUCCACGCCCACCGCUUCCGGUCCCGGGCAGUCGUCGAGUUUGGUUCAGCCAUGGAUGUCCCUCAAGAACUCGUUGAAAUGUUCAAGCAGGGUGGACCGGAGAAGAGAGAGGCUGUGGGGAAACUGUUGAAUCUUGUCUACGAUGGGUUGAAAACGGUCACAGUCCGUGCGCCCGAUUACGACACGCUUAUGGUCAUCCAAGCAGCUCGGCGAUUAUACAAGACACCAUCACAACAUCUGACACUCGGUCAAGUUGUGGAGUUGAACAAGCGUUUCCUCGAGGGCUAUCAGCAUUUCCAUGACGAGCCAAAAAUACAAGACCUACGAAAGAAAGUGCUGAAGUACAACCGUCUUGUCCGGGAUUUGGGUCUCCGAGACCACCAGGUACCUCGAGCUCAAAAGGCCGGGUGGAAGACUUUGGGUCUUCUUCUCUACAGAACAGGCCUUCUCAUUGUUUGGACGGUAUUCGCGCUACCCGGAGUCAUCCUCAACGCCCCUAUUUUCCUGACGGCGUCCAUUAUCUCAAGAAAGAAGGCGAAAGAGGCCCUCGCUGCGUCCGUCGUCAAGAUUGCCGGCCGUGAUGUACUCGCGACAUGGAAAGUCUUGAUCUCAUUGGGCGUCACUCCUGUCCUCUACGCUUUCUAUGCCUUCCUCGCGACUCUAGUUGCCAUCAAAGCCAAUGUCCCCAUGCAGUGGCGAAUUUGGACACCUUUUAUCGUCAUCCUGGUGCUUCCCUUCAUCGGUUACGCCGCUCUGAAGUUCGGCGAGGCCGGCAUGGAUGUGCUCAAAUCAUUGAGGCCGCUCAUCGUCGCGGUCGUUCCAGGCCAACAGCGAUAUUUAAACCGGCUAAAACAGAUGCGGCAGGACCUGUCAAACGAGCUCGCGGAGGUGAUCAACGAAUUUGGUCCGAAACUUUACGGCGAGGACUUCGACAAGUGGCGGAUGCUCGUUCCUUCUGCCAGUGUGCCGCCGUCUAGUGGGACGCCGGGGAUCUGGCGCAGGAAGAGCGGUGUGGGCGCUGUCGAUGCCCAAGGGAACUUGCUUGUCCAUCCGAUGACUUGGCUCGACGAGCGACUCUUCGGAUGGUCGCACUCUGCGACGCGAGGUACGAGUGCAUGGGGGGGAGGUGGCACGAAAAGUCAAGAAAUCAGCCGUGCACCCAGUCCCGACGCGUCCGACGAUGAAGACGCGGGCGACUACGAUAACGUCCUCGGUUUCUUGCCCUCCUCGCACGACGGAUUCCUCACACCUGGCCGUCAUCGAUCGCGCAGCAACCAAAACUCGUAUGCGGACCUCCAGAAACUUCGCAUGGCGAAGCCAGGGACCUCAGGUUCUCCCUAUCAGUCCUCGCAAGCAGAUGGAAGUCCUACGACGAGUCCAACGGAUAUGGAUGGGAAUGGGAACGGGAAUGGAGAUAGUGGGCUGCAUCAUCGGAGAGAGAGAAAGAUGAGUCUGAAUGAUCGGGUGGCCGUCAAGAGAUUGAGUGCGUUGGACCGUGAGGAGGGCUUCAAGGAGUGUACGGACGAUAUCAAUAAGGAAAUUCAGGCGUCUAAACACGAAAAGGGCGCAUGAGGAGUUGCUUUGUUACAUCCUUAUCCGGUCACUAGCGGGACAGUGCUUGAUUUGUUUACCGUCUUUUUUUUCUGUCUUUUCGUCUUUUCGUCUUUUCUUCCCCUAUCUUCGCCUUUCCUCUCAGUUUCGGCCGCUGGGCAUCCGUAGUAGCUCUUGCUUGUCUACCUGGGAGGCUCGGACGGACAGCUGUACUUGUUCCUAGUGUUUCCAUGUGUUUGUACGAAUACAGACUACUCACACGCUCAUCAUGCACCAUACAUUCCUCAAGAAAUACAUCCCUACCUAUUCGAAUUCAUUGUCUA